GGCGGGGUCACAUUUCAGUCAUCCUGAGGGCAGUUAUUCCCGGAUAUUCAACACUUCACUUGUGCUUUAAACCUGUUUAUUUCACACUAUUCUUCACUUCGAGGGAUACUUUAAAACUAAGCUCGUAGCUGGAUAUUACAUCCACAGUUUGUGGAUAAUAAGACAGUGUAUACCUUGACAAGCGGGACAUGGACAUCGAUAGGUUGGGGAGGUUAUAUCCAACUUUCCAAGAAAUUGUUUAUAUCAUCACCCACACACAUUCAAAGAACUAUACAAUGACUAACAUCGCUAAAAACCUGAAUGAUGAAGUUCUGACCUGCCGGGCUCAGCGCUGUAAUAACCUCGGCAAGUGUGUGAUUCAGAAUGGAGAGCAGGUUUGUGAGUGUAUCCUGGGCUACAGAGGAGACGCAUGCGAAGACACCGUCAAUGACGGGUUAGCCGUCCCACUCACUCUGGGAGUCUUGGGCUUCAUCAUUGGCUUCGUUCUCCUGGCAUUUGCUCUUGCACUUCUCCAGCAAAAGAGAAAGAAAUUGAUUUGGGGAGAAACCAUGAUGAAAACGAAGGUCUUGAAAAGUAGUGGAAAUCUUCCUCACAUGAAAAUAGGAAAAAGGGAGUUUUUGUACAUAUAAAGUAUUUCCGCUUCAACAAAAACGAAUCCUCGUCUUCACUGUCUACCCGGAAGCAUGCCUUAAAAGAUUCGGGAACUUUAUUCUUCGUGCAAGUUCUACAUUUCUACUUUUAAAGGAAAGGAACCAACAGGUGUCUUGUGCUUGGGGGCUCCUUUAACACUCAAAGGCUCCGGGUGCUAAAUGGCUGUUUUGUGUGUGUGACUGGCCUGUUUUUUUUUUUUUUUUCGUCAGUGCACAAGCAUUUGAAAUGUGUUGGAAACAUGAAACCUCCAUGAUACUGAUCUUAUCUCGCUCUCAGUCUGGCAGCACCGAGGCAAUGACUGUACAGUAUCCUACAUAGUUUCAGCAGUGUGCUGUGCUUAUCUUUACAUAACUUCAGAUCUGACUGGUCAAUUCAAAUCAUACAGCAUUUUGAUUGAUGAAAAGAAAGAAGUGUUCUGUACUGGGUGAUUUAGACAGCUUUUGUAUAUUUGAGACCUGUCAACACAUUUUAGUGCCUUGUGACAAAAAAACAAACAAACCCUCGAAUUAGAUGCUUUACUGUGUUCACGUGUGAUGAUUUGAUUUAUCUUCUCCACUGAUUGCAUAUGGUCAAACUCUGGCCAUGGAAGUUCUUCAUGGGAUUUUAUUUUACGUAAGUGUUUUAUGAAAGCUUUUGAAAAAUUGUUUAUAAUUUCCGUGCCACUUCAAUGAAAAAGAAAAGUUUUCUGUGCCUCGUGCCAAGGUUCAUUCAGUCGAUCAUAAUAUUGAAUAGAAUUCAUUAUAGCAACCAAAGAUGAGUACAUGAAUUCCAAAGUCAAGUUUUAUCUUAAGUUUUAUUCACUGCUUAAAUGUGAUUUAAUAAAUAAAAAUCUAAGCAUUGGAAAAUUGCUGUGGUAUAAGAGGAGUAAAACAUGUUGGAAUUUAAAAAAAAAUGUAUAACAACACCAUCAUUGAUUGAUUUUCCUCGAACAGCACAUCCUGUUAAUUCCUUGCAGCAUAACAUGAGACAAGAAACUUGCUUAGAGCUUAAACACGUCUUUAAAACAUGUUCACUGUGUUUAUAAUAUCAACAUUUUUUUUUCUCUGCAAUAAUGAUGUAUCCUGUCAAUAAUAAAAGUCGUUAUUGAGA